UCUCAGUGUGAUGUUUACCUACAGCUGAGGGACGGAGGCGAGUCAGGCGAGUCAGGCUGAUCUGAGUUGACGAAUGUGUCUUCAUUUAUGCUGCAAUGAGUGUGACUUUCUUUAUUAUUUAAGUACAAAAUGGAACCUGACAGUGAUAAAUUCUGGUAUGUGCACAGUUGUGAUUUAGAUGUGGAUAUACAAGUGAAAAUUGGAACUUUAGAUGGGAAGAGAGAGAAGCCUAACUACGAGGCUCUCUUGAAAAAUCCAUUGCUUAAAUACUCUGGGCUCUACCAACCGGGUUGCUCCGAUCUCUAUGUGUCUUGCCAGGUAUUUUCUGAUGGUCGAGAACUCACCCUUCCAGUGCGCACAUCAUACAAACCAUUUUCCGCUCGUUGGAACUGGAAUGAGUGGUUAACUUUGCCCCUUCGUUUUAGUGAUUUACCACGAAAUGCUGUGUUGGCUCUCACAAUAUAUGAUACCUAUGGACCUCGCAGGAAUGAGCCUAUUGGUGGCACAACCAUAUCCUUCUUUGGAAAACAUGGAGUGUUUCGGCAGGGGCUCCAUGAUUUACGAGUGUGGCCAAACCGUAUCGCUGACCAUAUUCACACUCCUGGAAAGGGACAAGACCAUGGAAAGGAUCAAAUGCAACGCCUCGCGAAACUUGCCAAGAAACACCGUAAUGGUCAAAUGAUGAAAGUGGAUUGGUUAGACCGAUUAACUUUCCGUGAAAUUGAACUGAUAAACGAACAAGAGAAGCGUUCAUCAAACUCAAUGUAUCUGAUGGUGGAGUUUCCUCGGGUGGAGCACGAAGGAGUUAUUUACUCCAUAGUGUGGUGGGAGCGAGGGGGCAGUGUCGAGUAUGAUCAUCGAACCUCGGGUAAUAUGGUUCGUAUGCCAGAUCCUGAGAUUGCUCUUGAGAACCUUCAAGAAGCCAAGCACCACAGGUUAGCAAGAUCCCUGCGUUCUGGUGUGACUGACAGAGACUUAAAACCAAAUUCAGCCAUCAGAGACAGCCUUCACACAAUUAUGGAAUAUCCUCCCACAAAACAGCUGUCAAGUGAUGAGCAGGACAUGGUAUGGAAGUACCGUUUUUACUUAAGCACACAGAAAAAGGCUUUGACAAAAUUUCUCAAAUGUGUUAAUUGGAAAUUAACAGGUGAAGCAAAACAAGCCAUUGAGUUGUUGGGACGUUGGGUCCCACCAGAUGCUGACGAUGCACUAGAAUUACUCGGUCCCGGCUUUACUCAUCCUGAUGUCCGACGCUAUGCUGUUGAACGCUUGAGUCUUGCUACUGAUGAAGAUCUUUUACUCUACCUGUUGCAGCUUGUCCAGGCUCUGAAAUAUGAGGCACUAGAUAAUGUUGACAUGAGCCUGUGUGAUGUAUCACAUUAUUCAUCAGCAAGUGACACAAGUGGGGAUACAUGUCAUACAGAAGAGAGGACUCCUGAGGAUUCUAUUCAGGAGAAAAUGUGUGAAUCUUCUGGCUCAACUGGUGGUGAUCUUACACAGUCCACUUCAUCAUCACUAGAAGAGAGUGAAGCGGCAACAAUCCAACGAUCCCCAUCGUCUUCACUCCUAGCAGAGCCAGACAGUUCAGAUCCAUCAGCUACUGCUCCAGAUUCAGGGUUGUUGCCUGAAUUAGCAGAUAUGGACACAGACCUGGAUUUGGCCUCCUUUCUUAUUCAGCGUGCUGCAAGAAACCCAACAUUGGCAAAUUACCUGUACUGGUACCUGCUGGUAGAGUGUGAGGACCAAGAUGCAGGGCUCAAACACGAUGCUAAGGUUCGUGAAAUGUAUGUGUGGGUACUGCGCCGCUUCAAGUUAGCUCUGCAGCAAGGGUGCCGAGAAGCACGGUCAUCUCGACUCUUACUGACAAGACAACAUCACUUCUUAGAUCAACUUGUUGCUCUUGUAAAGGCUGUAGCACGUGAAAGUGGUAAUCGCAUGCGCAAAAUUGAGAAAUUACAGACCAUGUUAGCUGAUUCUGAGAAUUUGAAAAUUAACUUUGCCAGCUUUGAACCCUUGGCUCUUCCCUUGGACCCUGAGGUAAUAGUUACUGGAAUUGUGCCAGAACGUGCAAGUUUAUUCAAAUCAGCACUGGAGCCAUCCCGACUGACAUUUAACACAAUAUCAGGAGGGGAGUAUGUUGCCAUUUUCAAACAUGGAGAUGACUUGCGACAGGAUCAACUCAUUAUUCAGAUCAUAACACUCAUGGACAGACUUUUGCGUCGAGAGAACUUGGACCUGAGACUCACUCCAUAUAAAGUUUUAGCAACAAGCAGCAAGCACGGCUUUGUCCAGUUCAUUGAGUCUCAUGCUGUUGCAGAUGUCUUACGUACUGAAGGAGGAAUCCAGAACUUCUUCCGAAAGUAUGCACCAUCAGAAACAGCAGCUUAUGGUAUUGCUCCUGAAGUUAUGGAUACUUACAUAAAGUCUUGUGCUGGGUACUGUGUCAUCACAUAUUUACUUGGUAUUGGUGACCGACAUUUGGAUAAUCUGCUUUUAACCAGGAAUGGCAACCUCUUUCAUAUUGAUUUUGGAUACAUCCUUGGAAGGGACCCUAAGCCACUUCCACCUCCAAUGAAGCUAAGCAAAGAAAUGGUUGAAGGGAUGGGUGGUGCACAGUCAGAGCAUUACCAUGAAUUUCGCAAGCUUUGUUACACAGCAUUCCAUCAACUUCGCCGACAUGCAAACUUAAUACUCAAUUUGUUUUCUCUUAUGGUGGAUGCAAAUGUGCCAGAUAUUGCCCUUGAACCUGAUAAAACUGUGAAGAAAGUAGAGGACAAGUUCCGGCUAGACCUGAGCGAUGAAGAAGCUGUCAGCUACAUGCAGGGACUCAUCGAUGACUCGGUUAACGCUGUUGUAGCUGUGGUGGUGGAACAACUGCACAAGUUUGCUCAGUAUAUUAGAAAAUAAAUGCAUGUGAAGAGUAUUAAGCAUUUUGCAAAAUAUUUUGAUCUGGAUAAUUUGCCCAUCAUGAAUUUGUUUUUAUGAUUCAAAUAUUUUUAAUGUAAUGAGAUGUUUAAAGGAAGUUAUACAUUUGUCUAUCAUUUUUCAAUCUUAUACCCUAUAUUAAUCUGUUACAUUCGAGAAUAAUGGCUUUAAAGUUUACAAAGCAGUGUAAAGAAGCAUGCAAGCCUGCAAGUCUGCUUCAUCAUUCUUCAGAAAGUUAUAUUAGUCAACUGUAUGUUUAUACAUAGAGAGAGAAUUUUAAUUUUAAUGAGCAUAAAGCCAGCUAUUUUAGCUGUGCCAUUGUGAUACUAUGUAUUAGGAAUCAUGAUAUUGUAUCUUUAUUAUGACCUGGCAAGUGAUUCAUUGAUUAGUUAGUGGAUACUAAACUAGAUUAUUAAUGAGCAAAUGAAGCAGUCAUUAGCAUACACAAUACUCUAAAUGCUUCCACAUAAUAAAUUAUAUCUUAAUAAUGAGGUCUAUGGUUAAGCACUUGUUCAGUGUGAAAAAUCAGCUAAGAAAAUGCCUUUUAUGUGAAGUUAGUACACAAUGAUUCAUAUUUGAUGCCACUUGCUGGCUUUGAGAAUUCCUUGUCUGCCUGCUCAAUCCAGUCAUUAGCAUAUAUUAAAAUCAUUGAAUCUUUGAGACUUAAGAUUUAGGAUAUGGGAUGUGCCUCUCAGUCUGCUGGUGUCCUGAAAUUUUGAGAUCAUUUUCUUCUUUUUCUUGAUUAUCAGAAACCUUGUACUGUACAGUGAUAUUUUUAUCAAUAGACAUUUUAAGGUUUCAAGUCAUUCAGCAUAUCAUUGCUGUAGAUAGAAAUUCUGAGAAAGUAAUUUGUUUAGAUAAAGAAAAUAAUUUAAGAUUUAGUAGCAGGAAUGGAAAGGGUAUGUUUGUGUCUAGUAUUAUGAUGUGAGGUUCAGUUGUAGUAGUAGUUUUGGUAUGAUUCAUGAAGGAGUCCGAGGGGUAAUUGAUCAUUUCUGAAUUUGUUAUUAGACAUGUCAGAAUGUGUACAUAAUUAUUUUGAACAUUAUUACAUCAUAGAAGAUAAAAGAUUUAUGAUUUUGGACUUAGAGUAGAAAUGAUCUCAGAAUCAGGCGUAAAGAAAAUUAACAUCUUGGUUGUAGAUACCUUGUGAUACCUCAGCUGUUAUCUGCAGAUGUUCCUUUUAUGCAGUAGUACAGGUAUCUUUAUUUUUUAACCUUGAUGCUAAUGAUGUUUUGUACUGUAUUUUUCUCUUUUCAUAUAACUGUACAGUAUAUACAGCUUUCUAGAAUUAUAUUUGUGUGUACAGUACUACAAUACAAUAGUGUGAAUGACAUUUGUAAUUUUUUUUAUCAUUACUGUUUGUGUAUACAGUACUGUACUGUAUUAUGCCUAUUUCUGGUUUACAAAGCAGGUUAAUAUAUGUAACUUAUUCUCUGAACACAAAUGUAUAAAAAUUUGAUUGAUUUUAUAAUUUUCAGAUUUGUGAAUAUAAAGUUACACAUAUUUUUUUGCUUUGUUUGUAUAUGUAUGCUGUACAAGAAAUAAAAUAUUUGAUAUCAA